AUGUCAGUAAAACUAUUAAAAUAUAUUGUCUCAAAUAGUUGUAUAAGGAGCAGAGUACAUAAUAUGAAAUAUAUGAGUACAGUAAAUAAUGAUAAGCUCAUUAAAGUAACUUUUAACAAAGCCAAUGGUGACAAAAUUACUGCCGAAGGCAAAAAGGGAGAUUCUUUGUUGGAUGUCAUUAUCAAUAAUAACUUAGAUUUUGAUGGAUAUGGAGCAUGUGAAGGUACGUUAACAUGUUCUACAUGUCAUGUGAUUUUAGAUUCAAAGGAUUAUGAUGCAUUACCUGAUAAGCCUUCUGACGAAGAAUUAGAUAUGUUAGAUUUAGCAUAUAACUUAACUGAUACGUCUCGAUUAGGAUGUCAAAUAAUUUUAGAAGAAAAAUUAGAUGGCUUAGAAGUUCAAGUACCAGCUACAGUUAAUGAUGCUAGGUAUAACUAA